UGAGUGAGUUUUCUGUCACUGUCGGUCCGUCUGGACCGUCUCUGCGUUUUAUCUCAGCUAUCGAUUCCAUCGCCACCUACAUGCAAGUAAAGACAGUCUCCUCUGCUAGCUAUUAAGCACUUAAAAUUUCCCAGUUUUAGAAAGUGCCCAGAUCAAUAGGAAUGGCAGCCUUUCUGCUAAGGGUGGCACAGGACGGCUCCGGCGACUACCGGACGGUGCAGGAAGCCAUAGAUGCCGUCCCUCUCUGCAACACGCGUCGCACUUUGAUUCGUGUCUCUCCCGGCAUCUACAGGCAGCCCGUGUACGUACCCAAGACGAAGAAUCUCAUCACUCUCGCUGGUCUGGCUCCUGAGCUCACUGUGCUCACCUGGAACAACACCGCCACCAAAAUUGAGCACCACCAGGCUUCUCGUGUGAUUGGGACUGGGACUUUCGGGUGUGGGACAACUAUUGUGGAAGGAGAGGACUUUAUUGCCGAGAACAUCACCUUUGAGAACUCAUCUCCCGAGGGUUCAGGCCAAGCUGUGGCGAUUAGAGUAACAGCUGAUCGAUGUGCCUUCUAUAAUUGCAGGUUCCUUGGAUGGCAGGAUACCCUGUACUUGCAUUAUGGAAAGCAGUAUCUGAAAGAUUGCUAUGUUGAGGGAAGUGUUGACUUCAUUUUCGGCAAUAGCACAGCUCUUCUGGAGCAUUGUCAUAUCCAUUGCAAGGGAGCAGGCUUCAUAACUGCACAAAGCAGGAAAUCUUCCCAGGAGACAACAGGAUAUGUAUUCUUAAGAUGUGUAAUCACUGGAAAUGGAGGGACUUCUUAUGCAUAUCUGGGACGGCCAUGGGGACCUUUUGGAAGAGUGGUCUUUGCGUAUACAUUUAUGGAUGGGUGCAUCAGACAUGUUGGCUGGAAUAAUUGGAGUAAAACAGAGAAUGAAAGAAGCGCUUGCUUUUAUGAAUACAGGUGUUUUGGACCAGGGAGUUGCCCAUCAAAACGAGUGACAUGGGCUAGAGAACUGUUAGAUGAGGAAGCAGUCCAGUUCCUCCAGCAUGGUUUCAUUGACCCAGAUUCAGAAAGGCCGUGGCUUGCUCAGAGGAUGGCGCUAAGAAUACCAUAUUCGGCAUAGAAGUUCAAAUUGAAACUGACAUGAGGAAGACUCCCAAAAACUAAGAGUUUGAGUAUAUUGAAUGAUAUUAGGUGAAUGUAUAAGAUACACAUCAUGGCUAUUUCAAAUCUUGCUUUGUCAAAGAAAAGGCAUUACCCGAUACCUUUUAAUGUAUGAGCUUCCUAGCAGAUGUAAGUGCAUGUAUGUUAAAGAAUUUCAGUUAUGAUGGCUGAUUGUCCAAGAUAAUAUAUAUUAUUAAUAUUAUUACAUUUGUAAACCCGUUCUCUUUUCA